AUGGCAAUCAUGACACCAAAGGUUCCAGCUAUUCAGAUCAAGCCUGACACUAACGAGUCCGGGAAAGUCGUACUGUUCAUCGACAACAUACAACCCGGUACUACAAUCUACGACCUGAUCAGCAGUCUGGAAAAACGAGGUACAAUUACGUACAUUGAGAUUUUGGAGACCCGAGUCCAAACAGGAAAAGCAGCAGCGCAUAGAGGAAAAGUAGUGUUUUCGCCUCCUCCGAUUCCUUUUUGGGAUCGCCCGUAUCCAAUAAAUCUCGAGAAAGGCUCCACCUAUGAUGUCCGCAUCCGUCAGGAUAUGAAUUCAAGAAGAGAAAGGAAAGUCCCAAGCCCGUUCAGGAAAAAUGUCUUCUACCCGGAAAAGACAAAACUCAUUCCUUCUACGCUUCAAUUUGGAGUCAUGAUAGAACCAGAUUGCAUGAUGCCUAUGCAAACUGUGAGAUCUCAGAACCAAAAUGAUCUUGCCCUUACCGUCGACCUAAAGCGUAGAAAACUGGAAGCUCAGUUUUCGAUGCAUUUUACUGAUCCAAGAAGUCGUGGUGACAAAAGUUUCCCAUGUAGCGAACCCAUUGGACACUUUGAUCGAAAGGAGAGAUAUAUGUUCAACAUAUCUUUCGAUCAACUGAAGUCAAUCCAGCGAGUUGAUCUGGGCGAUCGAAACUUAUCACUCUUGAUAACUCUAGAUAGUCCACCCCAGUUCUAUCGCUGGCGCGAGGACCAGAAAGGAUCUCAACAGCAAGUUCUAUCAUGGACCGAAUGGGAUAGCUGGUUUCGGCAAACCGACAUUGAAUACAAUCCUUUCUUCGUUGAGGGUAUUCCGCUUGCUUUACAUAAGGAAAGGCCAGUAAUUGAUAUUGGUCGUUGGACCACCUACCGCUGGGUUUUCAACGAUGGCCAGUGUGCGCCGGAUGAAUUUCAUAAAGUUCAAAAAGCUCUUUUGGAUUUCAACAUCGAAAUUAUCACGCUAGAUAACUUUCGUCUAAAGCCGAUGCGGAAAGCUGAGUUAUGGUCUCUUAUAGAUCCACGUGGGGCUAGAAGUGCAACGGCAGAUAUCCAUUCCCCUAAUUCCGGAAGAGUCACAGUACCACUACCAUUCGAGGUAAGGUAUCAACUCGAAGUAUGCAUCUCACGGGAAAUCAUCAACGAAUAUAAUAUCGAUGAAAAGUUCAUAUAUUCCUUGGCCAAAGUAGCUGCACAAGAUCCAGCUAAGGCAAGGAAUUUACUGGAGUACGUGGCUGAGAACUACAGCUCUAAACGGUUGUACAAUCCUUCUUCUAUCUUUACCAACAAUGACGCCUUAUCAUUCUCCUCUAUGACUGAUAUUCCCCAUUAUUGCGCAUUUUCUCGCAAGGCGACAGUGACACCUAGCUCGAUUUACUUUAGCUCGCCUACUGUCGAAACUACGAAUCGAGUGUUGCGAAAUUACUCAAAAGAGAACAAAGAGGGCCGAUUUUUGCGUGUCCAGUUUACAGAUGAGAAGGCCGAGGGCCGGAUCAAUGCAUGCGCCGAUAAGAUUCGUAAUGACGGACUAUUCACAAGAGUGUUCAGAGUAAUCAGCAAUGGCAUUCGUAUUGGCGAUAGGCACUAUGAGUUUUUAGCUUUUGGAAACUCUCAAUUUCGAGAGAACGGAGCAUACUUCUUUUGUCCGCCAGCCUAUUUGUCCUGCGACGACAUUCGUCAAUGGAUGGGAACCUUUUCUCACAUCAAUGUCGUUGCAAAAUACGCUGCAAGACUUGGCCAAUGUUUCUCGACGACCAGAGCCAUCAGAGGUCUUUCGGCACCAGACCUCGUCAAGAUCCCCGAUAUUGAAAGAAAUGGGUACUGUUUUACUGAUGGAGUUGGUAAGAUCUCACCGUUCCUGGCUCAAAUGAUUGCUGAGGAACUGAAACUACGUACCAACUCGGCACCAUCAGCAUUCCAAUUCAGAUUGGGUGGUUGUAAAGGAAUUCUGGUCGUUUCCCCCGAUGCGAAGAAUAAUGAAGUCCACAUCCGCAAGAGUCAGCAAAAAUUCACGGCUGUAUACAAUGGUCUUGAAAUCAUCAGAUGUUCGCAAUUCUCCUCUGCGACUCUCAACCGUCAGACAAUUACGAUUCUCUCGUCGCUCGGGGUCAAAGACGAAGUUUUCUUGAACAUGCUAUCUGAACAACUCUCGGACUACCAGAAUGCGAUGAGCAACAACACGAUUGCGCUUAAUCUUCUCAACAGAUAUAUUGAUGAUAAUUAUAUGACCAUUAAUAUCGCCAGUAUGAUCCUGAAUGGUUUCAUGACGGAAAAAGAGCCAUUUGUUCUAUCUUUACUCCAUCUCUGGAGAGCAUGGUCUAUUAAACUCCUGAAGGAGAAAGCAAAGAUUAUCGUGGAGAAUGGAGCAUUUGUGCUUGGUUGUGUUGAUGAAACAAACACUCUUAGGGGCUAUACCAAACCAACUGUUGCAUGUGGUACGACUUAUAAAGAAGAUGAGUUACCUCAGAUCUUUAUUCAAGUCCCCAAUAGAGAGAAUACAGGUCAAUACAACGUUAUUGAGGGAAUCUGCCUUGUCGGACGAAAUCCAUCUCUUCAUCCCGGUGAUCUUAGGGUUGUCCAGGCGGUCAAUGUGCCAGCUCUGCAUCAUUUGCGAGACGUCGUUGUAUUCCCUCAAAGUGGUGAAAGAGACGUGCCUAGCAUGUGCUCUGGCGGCGAUUUAGAUGGUGAUGACUUUUUUGUUAUAUGGGAUAAGAAUUUACAACCAUCUGAAUGGAACUGCGAACCAAUGAGUUAUGCGGCUUUAGCGCCUGUAACGCUCAAACGACCUGUGAAAGUACGGGAUCUGCUGAAAUUUUUCGUCAAGUAUAUGAAGAACGAUUCCUUACCGACCAUAGCUCAUGCACACCUGGCACAAGCUGAUCUUCUUGGCAACGGCAUCAAGGAUCCUAAAUGCCUCGAGCUUGCGGAAUUGCAUAGCAAAGCCGUCGACUAUGUUAAAACUGGUCAGCCAGCUAAUAUGUCAAGAUAUCUGGCACCUCAAAAAUGGCCACAUUUUAUGGAAAAGACCCAUAAACCCCUAUCAAAACAAUACCAUUCCACGAAGAUACUCGGUCAACUAUAUGAUAAAGUUGAGAGUCUGCACUUUGUCCCACAGUACGAGGAACCCUUUGAUAAACGCAUUUUGAGAGCCUACAAGUUAGAAAAUCCCAUUUUGGAGGCUGCUCGUCAGACGAAGACAAAAUAUGACACUGCUAUGCGACGGAUUCUAGCCCAACAAGAUAUUAAAACCGAAUUUGAGGUAUGGUCGACUUUUAUCCUUUCAAAGCCAAAGGUUGGAAGCGACUACAAACUCCAGGAGGAAAUGGCGUCGAUUACAGGUGCACUCAAAGAUCGGUUCCGUUUGGUGUGUAUCGACAUCGCUGGUGGUAAAGACUUUUCGGUCCUCGGACCGUUCGUUGCUGCUAUGUACAAAGUGACGAAGGAGGAACUUGAUAUUGCAUUAGCUGAGUGUCGUACAACUAGAAUGGUGAAUGGUAUGGAAGUGCCAAAGAGACGCAUGAGGCCGGACUCAAUGCCGUUAAUCAGUUUCCCGUGGUUGUUCGAAAAAGAACUAGGCAGAAUUGCUACAGGCAUUGAAGCGAUUGAUGAUUUUGGAAAGAUAGGCUUCAAAACUUUUAGCAUUGGCAAGCCUCAAACCACGGCAUUGGAUCGUCAAAAGAAGGUGGGUAGACAAGAUGAAGAUUUCGUCAAGCAAGAAAACGGUGUAGUGAUUCACCGCGGCGAAAUUCUCGACUUGUUUCAAGACGACCUUUCAGACAAUGAAUUCCAUUAUGACGGAGAACAAUCUGACGUGGAAUCCGCAACUUCUCCACCAGCCGUGACACUUGGUCCUCUAAUGUCAGGAAACGAAACAGGCUGCGCUUCCGAUGACAUGGCUUCUCAGGAGUCAAUUCAUACGUCUAGGCUUGGAGAUAAUGCCUCCGGCUUACUCCCUGAGAACUCGCAAGGCCAUGAUAAAUCAGAAACGAAGCAUCUAGAAUCAUUGGCUGUGGAGGAAUCUGAUUCUGCUGAAGCUCCUACACCAUCUUCAACGAGUCAGGUUUUCUCUCCACCGGCUCUAAUCAGGCAAGAUGAAUCCGACUCAAACCUAUCUGACGAUGGUGAAAUCGAAGAAAUUGUCGAGGACAUAGGCAAUGUGGUUCUUGAACCGUCUAUGAUGGACAGGCUAUCGGCUUUCGUAGACUAA